AUGACAGCAACGCCACGGUGUAUCGCGUUGCCUCACUCGGUCGCCCUGGCAUCGCCCUUCCUCAAACAUCACAUUCGCCUUCUGCGUACCCUACGCACACGCCCACGCUUCCCCCUACCCUUUCCCUCACCUUCGCUCACGCUUCCCCUUUACCGUCGCUACCUCCUGCUCCCUGGGUGCACCCACAAUUCCGCUGACCAUCGCGCACGCCUCCCCCCACAUUCACACACGCUCAUCGCCCACGCUUCACCGGACCGUCACCCCCGCUUCAGCCCACCGUCAUCGACGCUUCCUCUUACCGUCGCCCACGCUUCCUCUUACCGUCGCCCACGCUUCCUCUUACCGUCCCCCACGCUUCCUCCCACCGUGGCCCACGCUUCCUCCCCGUCACCCACGCUUCCCCCCACCGUCACCAAUGCUUUUCCCCACCGUCGCCAACGCUUUUCCCCACCGUCGCCAACUCUAUUCCCCACCGUCGCCAACUCUUUUCCCCACCGUCGCCAACGCUUCUCCCCACCGUCGCCCACGCUUCCCCCCACCGGCGCCCACGCUUCCCCCCACCGUCGCCCACAUUUCCCCCCACCAUCGCCCACGUUUCCCUCCACCGUCGCCCACGUUUCCCCCCACCGUCGCCCACGUUUCCCCCCACCGUCGCCCACGUUUCCCCCCACCGUCGCCCACGCUUCCCCCCACCGUCGCCCACGCUUCCCCCCACCGUCGCCCACGCUUCCCCUGCCAUCGCCCUCCGUGUCGCCCGAGAAUCCCCCCUCCCGCCGGCCUCCCUCCCCUCCCGCGAAAAACCCCCCCGUCCUCUCAUUACCCCGGCCUCUCAUCCCCCUGUCCCCUGUCCUCUCAUCCCCUCGUCCUCUCAUCCCCUCGUCCUCUCAUCCCCCCGUCCUCUCAUCCCCCCGUCCUCUCAUCCCUCCGUCCUCUCAUCCCCCCAUCCUCUCAUCCCCCUGUCCUCUCAUCCCCCCGUCCUCUCACCCCCCUGUCCCCUCAUCCCCCUGUCCUCUCAUCCCUCUGUCCUCUCAUCCCCCUGUCCUCUCAUCCCCCUGUCCUCUCAUCCCCCUGUCCUCUCAUCCCCCUGUCCUCUCAUCCCUCUGUCCUCUCAUCCCCCCGUCCUCUCAUCCCCCUGUUCCCUGUCCUCUCGUCCCCCCAUCCUCUCAUCCCCCCGUCCCCUGUCCUCUCGUCCGUCUGUCCUAUCAUCCCCCCGUCCUCUCAUCCCCCUGUCCUCUCAUCCCCCUGUCUUCUCAUCCCCCUGUCCUCUCAUUACCCUGUCCUCUCAUCCCCCCGUCCUCUCAUCCCUCUGUCCUCUCGUCCCUCUGUCCUCUCGUUCCCCUGUCCUCUCGUCCCCUUGUCCUCUCAUCCCCCUGUCCUCUCAUCCCCCGGUCCUCUCAUCCCCCUGUUCCCUGUCCUCUCAUCCCCCCGUCCCCUGUCCUCUCGUCCGUCUGUCCUAUCAUUCCCCCGUCCUCUCAUCCCCCUGUCCUCUCAUCCCUCUGUCCUCUCAUCCCCCUGUCUUCUCAUCCCCCUGUCCUCUCAUUACCCUGUCCUCUCAUCCCCCCGUCCUCUCAUCCCUCUGUCCUCUCGUCCCUCUGUCCUCUCCUCCCCCUGUCCUCUCGUCCCCUUGUCCUCUCAUCCCCCUGUCCUCUCAUCCCCCGGUCCUCUCAUCCCCCUGUUCCCUGUCCUCUCAUGCCCCCGUCCCCUGUUCUCUCGUCCGUCUGUCCUAUCAUUCCCCCGUCCUCUCAUCCCCCUGUCCUCUCAUCCCCCUGUCCUCUCAUCCCCCCGUCCUCUCAUCCCUCUGUCCUCUCAUCCCUCUGUCCUCUCGUCCCCCCGUCCUCUCAUCCCCCUGUCCUCUCAUCCCCCUGUCCUCUCCUCCCCCUGUCCUCUCAUCCCCCUGUCCUCUCAUCCCCCUGUCCUCUCAUCCCUCUGUCCUCUCAUCCCCCUGUCUUCUCAUCCCCCUGUCCUCUCAUUACCCUGUCCUCUCAUCCCCCCGUCCUCUCAUCCCUCUGUCCUCUCGUCCCUCUGUCCUCUCGUUCCCCUGUCCUCUCGUCCCCCUGUCCUCUCAUCCCCCUCUCCUCUCAUCCCCCGGUCCUCUCAUCCCCCUGUUCCCUGUCCUCUCAUCCCCCCGUCCCCUGUCCUCUCGUCCGUCUGUCCUAUCAUUCCCCCGUCCUCUCAUCCCCCUGUCCUCUCAUCCCCCUGUCCUCUCAUCCCCCUGUCCUCUCAUCCCCCUGUCCUCUCAUCCCCCUGUCCUCUCAUCCCUCUGUCCUCUCAUCCCCCCGUCCCCUGUCCUCUCGUCCGUCUGUCCUAUCAUUCCCACGUCCUCUCAUCCCCCUGUCCUCUCAUCCCCCUGUCCUCUCAUCCCCCUGUCCUAUCAUUCCCCCGUCCUCUCAUCCCCUUGUCCUCUCAUCCCCCUGUCCUCUCAUCCCCCUGUCCUCUCAUCCCCCCGUCCUCUCAUCCCUCUGUUCUCUCAUCCCCCCGUCCUCUCAUCCCCCUGUCCUCUCAUCCCCCUGUCCUCUCAUCCCCCUGUCCUCUCAUCCCCCUGUCCUCUCAUCCCCCUGUCCUCUCAUCCCCCCGUCCUCUCCUCCCUCUGUCCUCUCAUCCCCCCGUUCUCUCAUCCCUCCGUCCUCUCGUCCCCCUGUCCUCUCGUCCCCCUGUCCUUUCAUCUCCCUGUCCUCUCAUCCCUCUGUCCUCUCAUCCCCCUGUCCACCCUCCUCUCAUCCCUCCGUCCUCUCAUCCCCCUGUCCUCUCGUUCCCCCGUUCUCUCAUCCCCCCAUCCUCUCAUCCCCCUGUCCUCUCAUCCCCCCGUCCUCUCACCCCCCUGUCCCCUCAUCCCCCUGUCCUCUCAUCCCCCUGUCCUCUCAUCCCUCUGUCCUCUCAUCCCUCUGUCCUCUCAUCCCUCUGUCCUCUCGUCCCCCUGUCCUCUCGUCCCCCUGUCCUCUCGUCCCCCUGUCCUCUCAUCCCCCCGUCCUAUCACCCCUCUGUCCUCUCGUCCCCCCGUCCUCUCACCCCGCUGUCCCCUCAUCCCCCUGUCCUCUCAUCCCCCUGUCCUCUCAUUCUCAUCCCCCUGUCCUCUCAUCCCCCUGUUCUCUCAUCCCCCUGUCCUCUCAUCCCCCUGUUCCCUGUCCUCUCUUCCCCCCAUCCUCUCAUCCCCCCGUCCCCUGUCCUCUCUUCAUAUUCUCUCUGUCCCCCUUCUCUCUGUUUCCCUUCUCCUUAUCGCCUUUCUCCCUGUCCCUCGUCUUCCUCACCCCCUUCCCCGUAUACCUAUCCCCUACUACCACCAUUGCCUUCCCUGCCCUUCCUCACCCUCCCUCCUAUUUCCCCCCACCCUCUGCCUCCCUUUCCCUCACCAUCUCCCCAUGUGUGGCAACUGUCAGCAAGCUCAUCGCCACCACACCUCCUCCCUCAACAGAGGACAAUGCACUGAUGUGGAUGGAGACCGGGGGUUGUCCACCUCCAACACCACCUGUUGGCUCGUACACCAUAUGA